AGGAGUGAGACCACAAUGGAUCAGGAGAGGUUCUUCAUCCUCUUCCUACCACUGGUCCUGGUGCUGCUGGUGCUGGGCUGUGUCCAGCCAUUUCUGGCCAAGGAAUCGCAGGCUGAGAAGUUCCUGCAGCAGCACAUGGACCCAGACACCUCCACCGUCACCUCCAGCUACUGCAACGAAAUGAUGAAACACCAGAAUAGGACAGUUGGAUUUUGCAAGCCGGUCAUCACAUUUAUCCAUCAGCCUCUGCCAGAUGUCCAGGUCAUCUGCUUCCAGGGAAAUGUCCGCUGCAAGAACGGGCAGUCCAACUGCCACCAAAGCAGCUCCAAGAUGCACAUCACCGACUGCCACCUGAAGAAAGGCUCCAAAUACCCCAAAUGCGACUACAAGACCCAGCAGCUACAGAAAUCCAUCAUCGUGGCCUGUGAGUGUGUACAGUAUGAGACAGUCCACUUUGACGGUUCUGUGUAGGUCUGCACCUGAGGCCUGAGCAGCGAGAUGCCCCACCUCCCUGUUGUGACACCUGCUUCUCCCCUCUCCCUUCCUGGCUCUGAGAGAAAGAACUCCAGCCAGGGCUCCUGUCCCAAACAUAAAUGUGUUCCUACCCAGGGCUUGCCCCUGCAUGGUUUGGGGGGUAAAGGGGCCCCGUGUAAACCACUUCCUGGACUUUUU